AUGGGUAACAGAAGUCGUUCGCGAAGUCGGGGAAGACAAGAUAAAAAACGUUCGACACGCCGCUCCGCCAGUUCGCAGUCCAGCACGGAGGGCAGCGAAAGCGACGGAAGCACCAGCGACAGCAGCCACAGUCGCAGCAGUGAUUCCACAAAUAACGCGAAAAAUUCACGCACUCAAAGCCUGGAAGACAAACGAAGCAAAGGUAGAAAAGACUCGGACCGCAAGCCUACGCCUCGAAGUGAGAAACGGGAUGAGAGAACACCCACAACCAAGGGUCGCAUCGAUGGUAAACAGCUCAGUAAAGAUCGGUCCGGCCGAAGUCGCCCGGAUACGCCAGAACAAGUGAGGCGCUCGCCUCGCCGGCACGAUAGAUCCCGUAGCGCUGACAGAGAUCGGCGUGGUAAUCGGACAGUUUCAGACGCAGCAGGACGAGCUCAAGAAGAAUGGCGGAAUCGACGCGACGAUCAGUUCAGGCGGCAGCGGGAAGAGAACCGUCGGCGACGCACACCGAGCCCACGGGAACGGAGGGAUCGUGAUUCUCGAGAUCAUUCGAGGCGAGCCAACGAUCGAUUCCAUCACAAUAAUGAUCGCCGGAAUGGUGCAGAUCGUGAGGAGGACCGACGCGAAAGAAAAGAUCACUCGAGAGAUCGUUUAUCGAGACAUCCGGGCGAUCGCUACCACGACGAGCACCGUAACGAGGGCGAGCAGGGUGCGUACCGGCAGCAGAACCGAUGGAAGCACGAUAUGUACGAUGAGCACGAAUCGCAACGCAAUGUCGAUCGUAGCUACCGUAAAUCAAACCGCGACAUGAUGAAUGAAGACUUUAUGCAGUCACGGCGACUGCAGCGCGAAAUCAUCGGCACCGAGGGAGUGCCUCAAGCUUGGGGGACUUCACCGUCACCGGUCACCAGUUCCGAAGAUGAGGAAUCGCAGAAAAAAGCGAAAGAGUUGUCGAAGCACAAAAAAUCCAAGCUGAAAGCGAAGGCAAAGAAACGAUCCAACAAAAGCCGCUCGAAGAAGGACAAAAAGAAGAAAAAAUCUUCCAAAAAGUCCAAAAAAUCGAAGAGCGCAAAGAAGAAAAAGCGAAAGAGCAAGAAAGUUGAAUCAUCAUCCUCAUCAUCGCCGUCGUCGGAAUCCGCUUCUGAUUCGUCCUCGUCCGGCGAUGAAGCAGAAGUUUGGGUCGAGAAAUCUGAAGCAUUGGCGAGGACGAAUGACACGGUUAAGAGCGGGCCCGGUGGUGGAUUGUCGCUGAAAGAAAGUUCGCGAGCCGACGAGGACGGUGACAACCUGGUGGGUCCCGUGAAAGCGAGCGGAAACCUGAACCAAAAGGACUUCGGUCGUGCCCUGCUGCCCGGUGAAGGUGCGGCGAUGGCGGCCUACGUUACGGAGGGUAAGCGUAUUCCGCGGCGCGGUGAAAUCGGCCUCACGUCGGACGAAAUCGCCAACUUCGAAGAUGUCGGGUACGUGAUGAGUGGAAGUCGCCACCGGCGCAUGGAAGCCGUGCGUAUCCGUAAGGAAAAUCAGAUCUAUUCGGCCGACGAGAAGCGUGCCCUGGCCAUGUUCAGCAAGGAGGAGCGCCAGAAACGGGAGAACAAAAUUCUGACUCAGUUCAAGGAGAUGAUCAGUGCGAAGCUGUCGGAGAACAAAAAAUGAACGCCC